GGUCACGUCGAGGAUUCUGAUUGUUGUUCCGACGGUGAAAGCAGUGCAAGCGACGACAUCGCCUACCUCCAUCGGCUACAAGAGCAGUUCUUACCGCCUGCUGAAGCUUCUGGCUCCCCCGGAACCCCUCCUAUCUUGAAGCCUAUUCGAGCCUUCCUACCUCUUGACACGGACGAUGAGGACGAUUUCGAGACUCUCCGCGCCAUCCAACGGAGGUUCGCGCAGUAUGGGGGUGAAACAAAUAAGGAUUUCUCUCCAGAAACAAGCAGCAUAUUUUCAGCUGAUACAUUUGAACAAAAUCCUCACAAUUUGAUUAAAUCUGGAGAUAAUGCCUGCAGUUUAUCUGUGUUACCCAAGUUUGUAAAGAGUUUUAUUGAUAAACCCAAAUCACUUGAUAAUGGGCCAGAGCCUCUUGAUACAUGUUUGAGGGGAAGUGCUAUGGAUAAAGAGCAUCCAGAGGAGAAUCAAAGUAACUUUAAUCAAGAAGAUAUGUUUUACAAUUUAUCUGUGCGUCAGUUCAUCUCUUCUAGGUUUCCGAAGUCUGUUCAGAAUUUUGUUUAUGCACUCAAGAAGAAUAGGUCAUGCCAACGAUUUAUCAGGGAGAAAUUGAUGGAAAUUGAAGCAAAGAUUGAAGUAAAUAAAAAGCUGAAAGAACGCAUGAAAUGCCUUAUGGACUUUCAUACUGCAUGUAAAAGAAAAGCUGGAUAUAGUUUCUGUCAGAAAAGGGAUCCUCGUGUCAGGUUGAUUUCUUCUCGAAAACAGAAAUCAUCAAGUACAGUUAAGGAAAAUUCUAAAAAGAGUUCUGCCUUGUAUUUUGCUCCAGCCGAAAAUUUUCAAAUGUCCAAUUAUAAAAUGGUAACGAGGAGAUUCCCAGUUUCACUUAGGAAGAGACAAUGGUCAAACACAGAGAAGGACAGACUUUUAAACGGAGUAAAGCAACAAUGUCUAGAAGUGCUAUUUUUGAACUCAAUGAACCUUGGAAGUGAUUUUGAUGGUUUGAAUGAUUCCAUUAUAACAUCUACUUUUGAUAUUGCCCAUCAUCAAUUGACACCAGAAAUUUUAAGAUCUUUCAUUCAUUUGGUUAACUGGGAUCGGUUAGCUUCAAUGUAUCUUCCUAAGCGCUCUGGUCCUUCUUGUGAAUCGAGCUGGUUGAAUCAUGGUGAUCCAAUUAUCAAUUGCAAUCCUUGGACCUCAAUGGAGGACAAGAAACUCUUGUUUAUUGUACAAGAUAGAGGGCUUUAUGAUUGGAUUGGCAUAGCGUUGACAUUAGGAACAAACAGAACCCCCUUUCAGUGCUUGGCACGAUAUCAGAGGAGUCUUAAUCCCCAUAUUUUAAAUAGGGAAUGGACCAGCAAAGAAGAUGCAAAACUGUGCACCGCAGUGGAAACUUUUGGUAAUAACAAUUGGCAACUUGUAGCUUCUCAUUUGGAUGGCCGUACUAGCAAUCAAUGCUCUGUUAGAUGGAGAAACACUCUUCUCCCUGAAAGGAAAAAGGUGGGGAGGUGGUCCAUAGACGAAGAUAAACGCUUGAAAAUUGCAGUCAUUCUUUUUGGAGCCAAAAACUGGAAAAAAAUUGCCCAGUUUAUCCCUGGCAGGACUCAAAGUCAAAGUAGAGAAAGAUGGCUCAAUUGUUUAGACCCAUCUUUAAAUCUGGAAAGAUGGACUGAAGAAGAGGAUGCAAAGUUUUUUGCUGCAAUAGCAGAGCAUGGACAUAGUUGGUCCAAGGUUGCCGCAUGCAUACCCGGACGAACUGAUAAUCAAUGCAGAAGGAGGUGGAAAGUAUUACUGCCCCAUGAAGUACCUAUGCUCAAGGCAGCCCAGCAGUUAAAAAAAACAGUUCUUAUUUCAAAUUUUGUUGGCCGUGAGGGUGAGCGUCCUGAAAUUGGUCCCAAUGACUUCACACCAGUUGUGAGUCUUCCAAAUCUUGAUAUCGAAAAUAAUGCUGGUGUUGGCAAGAAAAUGUCAAGGGUGGGAUCAAAACCAGUUAGUAACAUGAAUGCAUCGAGAAACAGUAAGCUUAAAAAGGCUAGAAAUAAAUUCAGAAUAUCAAUGGAAGAAAAAUUGACCGACUGCAGUAUCACCAAUUCUAUGGCAGAUGCUUGUGGCAACUUGUCUCUUGUCUCUACUGAAUAUGAUUCUACUGCGAUUUGUUGCCUUAAAAGGAAAAGAGAGAGGUUGUUGAGAAACAAACAAUCAAAAAAGUCCCAGGAUAAAUCGGAAAAAUAUGGUGAAAAAAAUUCAAAAGAAGAUUGUUCGGUAAACAUCGCUAAAUCUGCUCACUUUUAUUUGCCUCCCGUACUUGUUCCACCUUCUGCUAUUUCUGAAAAUGCAUGCAUUAAGAGAACAAGGAAGAGUACAUCGAGAAUUAGUCAGCCCGAGAGGUUUAUAUCUCAUAAAAAGGAACGAAUUGAUGAUAUUUUUGCCUCGAAUGAAUUGAGUGAAGAUGCUCUAAUGGCACUACCGUUAGUGCAUGUGAUGAAACAUAUCUCAAGGAAAUCUAGAGCUAUGCAUGAAACCUCCAAGAAAAACUUAACCGAGCAAGGUAUGCCAAUAACUUCCGGAGCUUUUCCUGCU